CACGCGCCCAUCACACCCAGUAUCCCAGUAUGGAGGACAGUUGUGACACUGUGGCCGACAAGGGCGAUACAUCAAGGCAUAUAAUCGAGGGAGACGAUGUCGGUGCUCAGAAAUUAUCGUGGCGGAGUGUGGUUGCUGCAGUAUUCAUCCUCACCGUUGAGAUGUGUGAGCGGUUGACGUACUACAGCGUCACGGCCAAUCAGAUGCUCUUCUCCACCAGCAUCCUGCAGCUCUCGGCUCCACUGGCUGUCAAAAUACACCAGGUGUUUGCUGGAACAAGCCUGAUUUUGCCUUUAUUCGGAGGCUACAUCGCUGAUUGUAUGUCGGGUCGCUACAACGCCAUCCUGGGCUCGGGAUUCAUCUAUGUUGUGGGUCUCGUGCUAAUUCCCGCCUCCGCGAUGGAUUAUCGCCCUUUGUUUUGUACAGAUGAGGAUGGAUCUCAGUUUGACCUUGACCUGACAACUCGCCGCGUGUACUACUACAUUGCCCUGGUGUGUAUUGCCGUAGGGACUGGGGGGAUCAAGGCCACAGUGGGGCCUUUCGGGGCGCAGCAGGUGGAGGAGUACGGCAAGGGUGCAGUGCGCUCGUUCUUUAACUGGUUUUACUGGUUCAUAAACGUGGGCAGCACCAUCGCCUUCACAGCCGUUGCCUACGUCCAACAGGACAUCAGCUUCACGUGGGGCUACGUCAUACCUCUGAUUUCCAUGGUUACAAGCCUCUUCUUCCUUGUGGUAACACGUGGUUUCUACAGACACAUUCCGCCUGGGGAGAGCUCCGUGAAACUUGCUUUGGGUGUGGUUCACGAAGCGGUCAGGCGGAGAGGAGAUGGACAGCCUUUCUUCCAGUCCCCCCGGAAACGCUACGGUGGUAGCUAUGACGACGAAACUGUGUCAGGGGUCAUUGCAUUUGGCAAAGUGCUCCUUCUUCUCCUCCCACUCGCGGGCUUUGGCGCCUGCUACUUUCAGGCCCAGUCCAUAACAUACCUCCAGUCUCUGAGGAUGGACGUGACACUCGGCAACUUCGCCAUACCUGUGGCAGCUAUAGGGAUAUUCAACACUAUCGCCGUCCUCAUCCUCAUCCCCUUCGUCGACCGCGUCCUCUACCCCUGCAUGGAGCGGAUUGGUCGGCCCUUCACACUUCUCAAGAGGAUUGGUGUCGGGAUGAUCAUUGCGAUGAUCGGUGUUGUAGUCAGCGGUGUGGUUGAAAUCUUCCGGAAGCGAGAGAUAGCGACCUCUGGUGGUAUGAUUCAGACACUAGGGGGACAGGAUUUCAGGUCGUCCCACUAUUCAGUGUUUCUUCAAAUUCCUCAGAUUGUCAUCGGUGGAAUGAGUGAGGUCUUCACAUUUGUACCGGCGUUUGAGUUCGGCUUCACCCAGGUGCCCUCGUCUAUGCAGGGGAUGAUGCAAGGUGCAGUUCUGGCUCUGUCCGGGUUGGGUAAUUACAUCGGAACAGGUGUACUCGCUGCUGUUAGUGCUGCUACACACAAUGACCCCUGGUUAUCUGAUGAUCUGAACACAUGUCACGCAGAGUACCUGCUUUUCCUCAUGGGUGGGAUCCUAAUCAUCGUCACCGUCAUCUUCACCGUUGCAUCGUUGUUAUACAGAUCUACACCUACACAAGACGAUGACGUCAAAGAAGGAACGGCCCACUAGCAGGAAGUGGUGCUACUAAUGAGGCAUAUAAUAGUGUGCAGUGAGUUGUGUCCCACGACUCCUGAGGUGGGGGAUUGGUUGCAUAUUUAGCUUGACGGGGAACUACUUAAUGAUCUCCCCGGACACCGGCAACUACAUAACAAUCUGCCCUGAUAGCAGGAGCUACUUAAUAAUCUGGAGUUUUUUCACAAUCUUAGUAUCUUCAUAGUCUGUUAUAUAGCUUCACUUAACAACUCAUAUGAGGAAAUCGGCACG